AUGUAUAUAAGUGAUUUUUAUGAAACCAUAUUCAAUCAUCCUAAAGAAAGUGUCGACAAAGAGAUAAAAACAUUUUCGGAUAGGAAUGGUCGCGAAAAUACCAAUUUACAAAAGUGUAUCGUCUAUGCGCAAGAUGCUCCCGAUAAAUAUACCGAUGGUGUAGCUUCUCUAAGUAAAAAGUUGAGCGGUGUUAAUGACAAAUUACAAGUUGCGAAACCAGCUUUUGAAACAUUGCUAACUGAAUUAACAGAAUUAAGACAAAAUAGUAAAAACAAAUCAGAUCCUUAUCAUGCAGAACGAAAAGAAUUUCUAAAAGAGAUAAACAAAGCGAAGAAGGACUAUGAUAAAGAAAUGAAAAACAGGGAACAAGAGCUCGUGACAGAAUAUAGAUUGAAAUUAGAGGAAACUUUAAGAGGUGUUGACCCUUUACAUUAA